CGACGUUCUUCACCUCCUCUUUCUCGUCUGUUUUUCUUCGUCUUCCCUCGUCCCCUUCUCCCUUUCGUCAUCAAAAGCGCAAUGCACUCUGUCUCUGCUUCGAGCUCCCAGUCCCUCCGCCGCGCUAUUGCGAAGGCUAACAAGCCUACGCUUACGCUUGUGCGCGGCGCUCAUAAGGAGAUUAAGUUCUCCAACGAGGGCCGGGCGAGCAUCCUCAAGGGUGUCGACAUCCUUGCUAAUGCUGUCAGCGUGACCCUCGGUCCCAAGGGUCGUAAUGUCAUCAUUGAGCAGUCUUUCGGCGGUCCCAAGAUUACCAAGGAUGGUGUCUCAGUCGCCAAGUCAAUAACGCUCAAGGACAAGUUUGAGAACCUCGGUGCCAGGCUCGUCCAGGACGUCGCGCAGAAGACGAACGAGACUGCCGGUGACGGUACCACCACGGCGACCGUCCUCGCUCGCGCCAUCUACUCGGAGGGUGUCAAGAACGUCGCUGCCGGCUGCAACCCCAUGGACCUCCGCCGUGGCUCGCAGGCCACCGUCGACCGCGUCGUUGACUUCCUUGCGUCCAAGACCAAGACGAUCACCACGACGGCGGAGAUCGCCCAGGUCGCGACCAUCUCGGCGAACGGCGACACCCACGUCGGGAACCUCAUUGCGCAGGCCAUGGAGAAGGUCGGCAAGGAGGGCGUCAUCACCGUCAAGGAGGGCAAGACCAUCGAGGACGAGAUCGAGAUCACUGAGGGCAUGCGCUUCGACCGUGGCUACAUCUCGCCCUACUUCAUCACCGACGUCAAGUCGCAGAAGGUCGAGUUCGAGAAGCCCCUCGUUCUCCUCAGCGAGAAGAAGAUUUCGCUCCUCCAGGAUAUCCUCCCCUCGCUUGAGGCUGCUGCCCAGGCUCGUCGCCCUCUCCUCAUCAUUGCCGAGGACAUCGACGGCGAGGCUCUUGCUGCGUGCAUCCUCAACAAGCUCCGCGGUCAGCUCCAAGUCGCCGCUGUCAAGGCUCCCGGGUUCGGUGACAACCGCAAGUCCAUCCUCGGUGACGUCGCUAUCCUCACUGGUGGUACCGUCUUCACCGACGAGCUCGACAUCAAGCUCGAGCGUGCCACGCCCGACCUCCUCGGCAGCACUGGGUCCGUUACCAUCACCAAGGACGACACCAUCUUCCUCAACGGCGAGGGCUCCAAGGAUGCCAUCCAGGCCCGCUGCGAACAGAUCCGUGCUGUCCUCAACGACGCCUCCACUUCGGACUACGACAAGUCCAAGCUUUCUGAGCGUCUUGCCAAGCUCAGCGGUGGUGUUGCCGUCAUCAAGGUCGGUGGCUCAUCCGAAGUUGAGGUCGGCGAGAAGAAGGACCGCUAUGACGACGCCCUUAACGCUACCCGUGCUGCCGUCGAGGAGGGUAUCCUCCCCGGUGGUGGUAUCGCUCUCCUGAAGGCCUCCCUCGCCGUGACGACGAACAACCCGUCGAGCACCGCGGGCGGCAGCGUCUCCCCCAACGCGGACGCAGCUGUUAUCCCCACCGCCAACUUUGACCAGGAGCUCGGUGUCAACAUCAUCCGCCGCGCGUUGACACAGCCCGCACGCACGAUCCUCAACAACGCCGGCGAGGAGUCGAGCGUGAUUGUUGGCACGCUCCUGGCCAAGUAUGGCAGUCCUGCCGACUUCCAGAUGGGCUACAACGCUGCUACUGGGCAGUACGUCGACAUGAUCAAGGAGGGUAUCGUGGACCCGCUCAAGGUCGUGCGCACCGCGCUCGUUGAUGCCUCGGGUGUUGCGAGCUUGUUGACCACGAGCGAGGCGUGCGUCGUCGAUGCGCCCGAGGAGGACAAGCCCGCUGGCGGCAUGCCCGGUAUGGGAGGCAUGGGUGGUAUGGGUGGUAUGGGCGGCUUCUAAGCUGCUUUGCCUCCUAGGCUGCCGUGAUGUCUCCUCUGUCUGUUCUCGGAUUGGGUUAUGUUGCCGGUGACUCCAUUGACGCUUCCCCCUCACAUGCAUUACACCUCCGCACGCCAUCAGUUUUUGCUUUCUCGCUGCAUUAUCAAACCACUCAUAAAGCCAAUCAUAUAUACUACAGUAACCUCACGCAUACACUUUUACGUACCUAGUCUGUCUCCCCUUGUUAGUGCUUCUUAUAGAUCUAGUAGGCUUUUACCAGCUGUUUCUUUUUUACUUAUAAGUUACGAAGAUCGUUGUGUUACGUGUUACGUAUUGCGACGAAUGCAUCACCACUCAGUGCUAUUGUUGUCUCAUCA